AUGGCUAGCAAUAUUAUCUUGUUCGAAGAUAUCUUCGUGGUCGGUGCACUUGACCCUGAUGGUAAAAAGUUCGAUAAAGUUACUCGUGUUGAAGCUAGGAGCCACAAUUUGGAAAUGUUUAUGCAUUUAGAUGUUAACACUGAGGUUUAUCCGAUGGCUGUUGGCGAUAAGUUCACAUUGGCGAUGGCUCCUACCCUUAAUCUCGAUGGAACCCCUGAUACCGGAUAUUUUACCCCGGGAGCAAAGAAGACACUUGCGGAUAAGUAUGAAUACGUCAUGCAUGGGAAGCUUUACAAGAUCACUGAGCGUGACGGCAAAACUCCAAAAGCAGAGCUAUAUGUUUCGUUCGGUGGCCUGCUGAUGUUGCUUCAAGGAGAUCCAGCGCACAUUUCUCACUUCGAACUCGACCAGAGGCUCUUCCUACUUAUGAGGAAGCUGUGA